AUGCAUCCUCUGGAACCCCCUGAAUGUUCCACUCGGCGCUCCGGUCAAGCUCUUUGGGUCCCUGUCAUCUUCCUCACUUCAACAUCAGAUCCAGUUUUGGGAUCUCAAUGCGAUCCUCUAUCCGAUGAAAGAUUCUAUAUUCCUCCUUAUCCUACUACUACUGCUACUACAACUACUAGUAGAAUUUGGCGACACACCGCCGCUUCAGUGCACAACAUAGACGAGAUCAAAGUACAAUCCAGUCUGAAUGAUGAAACCCUUUUGCAGGCAAGUCUAAACACGAUUCCACAGCAAAAAACAAAAUCUACGGAUAAGUCUAAAAAAAUGUGA